UGCUGCAUUCUCAGUUCUGUUCGUAGUUCGCGGAAGGUUCGACACUCGACAAGACUCAAGAGUCCAUUUUUUGGAGUUGGGUUGAGCGAAGAGCAAAGCUGCGACGAUGCUGUUCUUCACGUUGCUGAGCACGUUUUUUCUCUGCUCCGCAUCAGCCAAAGGUCCGGCAGACUUCAGUGCAGCAGGCACGGGAGUUGUGGCUGAUAUCCCGGUGUAUCAAUGGCUCUCCGAGGGUUACAAAACAUUCCGAAUUCCAGGCAUCGUUCAGACGGCUAACGGCACGCUGAUAGCGGCUGUGGAGGGCAGAGUGGCUACCGGGAGGCCAGCAGUAGGCAAUGCUAGCCUCUGCUAUGGAGUGCUAGCGUCGAAGUUUGACUCCCACUGCGUGGACAAGGACAUUGUGGUGAAGACUAGCGAUGACUUCGGUGAUACUUGGGCGGCGGCCGUACCGCUGACGGAGAGCAAUGCGACGCAUUUCUACUCGAACCCGAACAUGGUGGUCGAUAGCGUGACGGACAAAGUCUGGAUGGUCUUCUACCAGUGUGUGGUAUCCGAGGUCUACGGACACUGCACGCCCAUGAUGACGUCAUCCGGUGAUAGUGGCCACUCUUGGGCAGCGGCAAAAGUUGUAGAAGCUGUCACAGCACUGCACAUCGGAGGCCUAGGCGGUGGUAUACAGCUACGCUAUCAACAAGGCAGUGCUCAGAAUCGACUCAUACUGCCGCACGAUGGCAAUGGCGUGAUAUACAGUGACGAUCGGGGAGAGACUUGGAAGGUUGGGAACAAAGUGGAAGGAGCUGGUGGAGAAAACCAGGCUGCUGAGCUUCUAGAUGGAUCGGUGAAGAUGACGCUGAGACACGGAGGCUACAGUCCAACGCAAUGCACAUCUACCGAUGGCGGACUGACAUUUGCUGAUUGUCAUGUUCAAACACAGCUGCUGAGCGAUGACUGUCAGACAUCGUUACUGGCCGUUCCUCACCCGGCGAACUUCACGCAUCACGGUUUGCACGAGACACACACCCGACCAUCGUUACACCGGGGUGAGUUCUCCAGGACCAUUCUAAUAUCGGCACACCCCAAUGGCCAGAACAGGGUCACACCUCUCGGCCGCCAGAACUGCACGAUAUCAGUAUCUCAUGACGACGGUGAAACAUGGCAUGACACUAUCCAGGUCAACCCAGGCCCGUCGGCGUACACAGCACUGGCGUCUAUCCGCUACAAAAACAACAUGAGAGCCAUCGCCUGCCUGUACGAGAGAAGCAAAGACGGGCCACCGGUUGACUUUGACACAGUGGCUAUGGCUGUAAUCAAUGUGGAUUCACUCUUCUAAAGCACCGCAUGCACGAGUGUCAUAUAGUAGUAUGCUGCAUUUUCAUACUACUAGAUACAGGUGCGGGGAUAAAUCCGACAAACAUUCAAUGUCUUGCACAAACAGGAUAUUUCCGGAUUCAAUAUCUGAAGGGAGUUUUUUUUUAUGUAAUACAAAAUAUAUCUGGGAGCACUCGCUGAUCUAAA